GUCAGGGCAGUCAGACAGUCUUCUUCUCUGUCUCAGUGCUGCUCAGGCCAUCUCUUUCUAGACUACUCCUACUUUUUGGAUUGGAUUGUUGUAGGACUGAGUGUUUGGGAAAGAGCCUGUAUUUGGAUAGGGCCGGGGAAGGGUGUGUUGGACUGGGAGCUUGUACUAACUAGUAUUUGGACUACCGAGUCGUGUCGUAUGGAGGUACAGGUUCAGAGUCAGCCACAGCCCCCCACCAUCCUGGAGAAUGGGGAGGCCCAGGACCCUGACCCACACCCUGCGGAGUUCAACGGUCAUCGUCAUGCCAACGGUGGGGAGGCAGAGCUGCCCGUCUCCAAGUCUCAGAGGAGACGCAGCGAUGUCAAAGUCUACAAGGAGUUCUGUGACUUCUACGCACGCUUCAACAUGGCCAGUGCCCUGGCCAAUGCGAUGUGUGAGCGCUGUAAGAGUGGCUUUGCCCCGGCGGAGAAGAUCGUCAACAGUAACGGGGAGCUGUACCAUGAGGGAUGCUUCGUCUGUGCUCAGUGCUUCCAACAAUUCCCUGAGGGUCUCUUCUAUGAGUUUGAGGGCAGGAAGUACUGCGAGCACGACUUCCAGAUGCUGUUUGCUCCCUGCUGCCACCAGUGUGGGGAGUUUAUCAUUGGCCGUGUGAUCAAGGCGAUGAACAACAGCUGGCACCCUGACUGUUUCUGCUGUGACCUCUGCCAGGCCGUGCUGGCUGACGUGGGCUUCGUCAAGAACGCCGGCAGACACCUGUGUCGCCCAUGUCAUAACCGUGAGAAAGCCCGUGGUCUGGGGAAGUACAUCUGUCAGAAGUGCCACGCCAUCAUCGAGGAGCAGCCGCUGCUGUUCAAGAACGACCCCUACCACCCGGACCACUUCAACUGCAACAACUGCGGUAAGGAACUGACGGCUGAUGCCAGGGAGCUGAAGGGAGAGCUGUACUGCCUGCCCUGCCAUGACAAGAUGGGCGUUCCCAUAUGCGGAGCCUGCAGGAGACCUAUCGAGGGCCGCGUGGUCAAUGCCAUGGGCAAGCAGUGGCACGUCGAGCAUUUUGUGUGUGCUAAGUGUGAGAAGCCCUUCCUGGGCCAUCGCCACUACGAACGCAAAGGACUGGCCUACUGUGAGACUCACUACAACCAGCUCUUUGGAGAUGUCUGCUACCACUGCAACCGUGUCAUUGAGGGUGAUGUGGUUUCAGCCCUGAACAAGGCAUGGUGUGUCAACUGCUUUGCCUGUUCCACCUGCAACACCAAGCUCACCCUCAAGAACAAGUUUGUGGAGUUUGACAUGAAGCCGGUGUGUAAGAAGUGUUACGAGAAGUUUCCUCUGGAGCUCAAGAAGAGGCUCAAGAAGCUGGCAGAGACCGUGGGCCGGAAGUAGAGAGACAGACAUGCUAGAAACAGACAAAAGUGAUAUCAGAGUGUUUGAGCAAGCACAUGACCUUUGUUCUUUGUGUAAAUUAUGGGAUUAAAACCACUCUACCCAACCCCUCAUAGGUUGAUGAAAAUCAGAUUUACAAUAUUAUUCCGUUCAUUCAUGCCUGGUUAAAUAGUGACAACCCAUGAGCAGAGAGAGAGACUGUACACAAGAAAGGGUCAUCCCCAAAUCAGUGCCUUUGUCUGAAUACAUAUUCAAAUUAUAUUCAUAUAUAUCCUUGAUAUACUUCUCAUAUAUUUCAUAAUUCUUUUAGCUUAAAAUUUCCCUUCAUAACCCAACUUGUAUAUUUAAGUAUGCAUCAAUGGUCCUGGUAUUUUGUCAGGUGAAUAAAAAGUAUUGGUAAGGUUGUUUCUGCUUUAGCCAACUACUUUAUCAUUGUCAUGCUAUACAAGAAGAAACAGACAGACACCUGGGCUAUGUUACUGUUGCUACACAUAAUCACAUUACUGUGCAGCAGAACUGGAUCCAAUAUAAAUAUAUAUAUACAGUACCAGUCAAAAGUUCGGACACACCUUUCAUUCAAGGAUUUUUCUUUAUUUGUACUAUUUUCUACAUUGUAGAAUAAUAGUGACGACAUCACAACUAUGAAAUAACACAUGGAAUCAUGUAGUAACCAAAAAAGUGUUAAACAAAUGAAAAUAUAUUUCAGAUUUUAGAUUUUUCAAAGUAGCCAUCCUUUGCCUUGAUGACAGCUUUGCAUACUCUUGUACAAUUUUCAUAUAAAUAUAAAUAUGUAAGAUCUAUUGUCACUGAAGGGCGUUUUUUUAAACUGUUGGAUGACAGAUGUUUGUUUUUGUGUUUUUCACAAUCAAUAUGCUCAGAAUAAACAUGAAUACACUUUUAUAUAAUAGCAAAGGAAUCAAACAAUAUCUGGCAAUCAUUUUCUUCAUGCUUUACAUGUCAUGCAUUAUUUUGUCUUUUGAAAUGGAAAAAUAAACAUUGCAGAGACUAACAAUUUCGUUGAUAUAUGGAUUUUCUUGUAAUUGCAAUGUCCAUUUUUCCUUUUCCUAUUGGUGUGUAUUAAAGUGGAUUUAUGAGUACUGUAAGAUGUGGGAAUGUGUGUAUAAGCUCAGUAAACCUAUCCUCUAAUGACA